CUCAAUCUAUAUAUAACCAUCAAAACAUCUUUGUGUAGCCAUGGAUUCCUUGGAGCAUCCUUUACUUUCUCCCCUUCUUUGCCCCGCCUUUCGAUCCGAAUACUUUCGUUUUUCUUAUAAACAUAUCGAAUACUUACAUGAUAGAGAUUUGAGUUUUAUAAAAAUAAACCUUCCUUAUUAUUUUCCCAAUGCCAAAGACAACAAAUCUUUUCUUUCAGCUUAUAUCGACCAUGGCCACUGCCUUUACCCCCUUUAUUGGUGCAACAACAAAGAAUCAAGACAUGAAUCUUCGUGUGGUGCUUGUGAAUGUACAGAAAUUGGUACAACCUAUUAUUUUUGUGACAAAUGUAAGCAGCCUUACCACAAAGAAUGCGUAGAGUCUCCUCCUCUAAUCAAAUCUCCUCAUCACCCUAAACACAAUCUUCAACUUAUCACACCACAACGCACGGCUCACCCUGGUGACGAUAGUAAGAUAAUAUAUUGUUCUUACUGUGAUGCAAAUUAUAAAUAUAAUCCUCUAAAGUUACUUUACUACUGUUUUAUUUGUAACUUUGGUUUGGAUCCCGUUUGCGCAACAAAACCCUCAUUCAUGAACUAUCAUAAAAGACAUGAGCAUACCCUCAACCACUUUCCUAGAAAAACUGAUUUGAUAUGCGACGUUUGUGGUGUAUCGGAUAGCAACUAUAUCAUCUAUGUGUGUCUUCAAUGUGAUUUUGUUGUCCAUAAAAAAUGUAUUCACUUGCCAUUUGUCAUAAGAAUAUCCCGUCAUGACCACCGUCUUUCUUUUAAUUAUUCUCUUCCUAAAAUAUUGUCUUGUGGAGUUUGUCGUCAAAAAGUUGACGACAACUAUGGAAAUUAUUCUUGCAUUAAAGAUUGCAAGUACGUAGUGCAUUCCAAAUGUGCAACUCGAAUAGAUGUGUGGGAUGGAAAAGAACUUGAGGAAGAACCAGAAGAAGAAAAUGAAGAUCUAAAUUCUUUUGAAGUGAUAGGUGAUGGAAUUAUAAAACAUUGCAGCCAUUCACAUCACAUGAUGUCUGAAAAGAAGGCCACUAACAUAGUGUAUGAUGAUAAAAAUCCAUGUCAAGCAUGCUUACUUCCAUUCUCUGGUGGUGGCGUUUAUAUAUGUAUGAAAUCUAACUGUGAUUUUGUACUUCAUGAAGCAUGUGCAAAUCUUCCGCGGACAAAACAACAUAUAGCAUAUCCCCAUCCAUUUAUUCUACAAGUGAAUGAUACCAACUAUUGUUUCUUCUGUGGAUAUUGUGAUCGUUUAUCAUAUGGUUUCAGAUAUGUAUGUAGCAAAGGGGGUGAGUCUAUAAGCAUAGACGUGCAAUGUGCUGCAAUAUCUGAGCCAUUCGACCACCAGUGUCACACACAUCCAUUGUUCUUAAGCAAUGAACUUGGGAAAAAUAGAUCAUGUUCAAUUUGCGGAAAAGAGAAACUUCUAACUUUAAAUUGUAUGGAAUGCGGCUUCUUUUUGUGCUUCUAUUGUGCUACACUCCCUUAUAAAGUGAGAUAUGAGUAUGAUGAACAUUUUCUCACCCUUUCUUACAAAGAGAAUGUAAGUCUCAGCUGGUGUGAGGUUUGUGAGGAAACUUUGGAUUCAAACAAAUGGAUUUACACAUGUAAUGAAUGUGGGGCCACCUUCCAUAUCAAAUGUUUACUAGGAAAUUGUGCAACUUAUGUCAAGCCUGCUCAAAAUCUCUUGUUUGAUGGUGAUAGGUUUAAUAUAAUUCCGAGCAACCGACUCACUCGUCCCAUUUGCAAUGACUGUGGAAGGCGUUGCCAAGAUAAACAAAUGUUCGAAGUUUAUGAUGACGAUGACCAAAAAAGACUGUAUUGUUUUCAUCAUUUCGAAGUGGACGAUGGUUAAGGCAAGGAAUCCGAGUGCUGGUGAUGCAAAAAAUAAUACUAAUUUACAUAUUGUUCUAGUUGGUACUAACUGUGUGUUGUUUU